GUACCCCCAAGAAAUCCAUACUCGUGGAUGAAGGUAAAACGAACACGGAAUCCCUACUCGUGGAUGGCCAGUGAGCAAUACAAGAGGGCAAGAAAUCCUUACAGCUGGAUGGUUUCAGAGAAGAACAAACGUUCUUUGCGCUUCGCAGACGACGGUUUCCGUCAGCCAAGGAAUCCCUACUCAUGGAUGUACACAAUGCUUGAGAAGAGAACUCGCAAUCCUUACAGCUGGAUGAACUACGAAUAA